AUGUCGUCCGUCGAAAUCACAACUCCAAACGGCCACAGCUACCAACAACCCACGGGCCUGUUCAUCAACAAUGAAUUUGUUCCAGCUUCUGGAGGAACAAUUGUCUCGCUUGAUCCAGCAACCGACGCACCAAUUGCGACUGUUUACGCCGCCGGCGUUGACGACGUAGGCCAAGCCGUCAAAGCAGCGCGUGCAGCCCUAAUCCACCCAUCAUGGAAGCAACUCCCCGCGACAGAUCGCGGCCGGUUAAUGGCAAAGCUGGCGGAUUUGAUUGAGGAGAAGCAAGAGCUUUUUGCGUCGAUUGAUGCGUGGGAUAAUGGAAAGCCAUACCAUGUCGCAUUGAGCGAUGAUCUCCCAGAGGCCAUCAUGACGAUCCGCUACUACAGCGGCUGGGCGGAUAAGACCUUCGGGCAGACUAUCAAUACAACCCCGGAGAAGCUCGCAUAUACCCUGCGCCAGCCAAUUGGUGUCGUCGGGCAGAUUAUCCCCUGGAACUAUCCCCUGUCUAUGGCGACGUGGAAGCUUGGUCCUGCUUUGGCUUGCGGAAAUACAGUUGUGAUCAAAGCUGCUGAGCAGACACCGCUGAGCAUCUUGCUGCUGGGUACCCUUAUCAAAGAGGCAGGCUUCCCGCCAGGCGUGGUCAACAUCAUCAACGGCUACGGAAAGGAAGCCGGUUCAGCAUUAGUGCAGCAUCCCGACGUCGAUAAAGUGGCAUUCACAGGAUCUACCGGGACCGCGCAGCAAAUAAUGAAAAUGGCCUCCGGGACACUGAAGAAUAUCACCCUUGAGACUGGUGGAAAGUCACCAUUACUCAUCUUCCCCGAUGCAGACCUAGACCAGGCUGUUAAAUGGUCGCAUAUGGGCAUCAUGUCGAACCAGGGCCAGAUAUGCACAGCGACAUCGCGACUGUUUGUCCACCGUGAUAUCUUCGAUACGUUCCUAACCCAAUUCCAAGAGCAAGUCCAAUCGACCUCCAAAAUUGGCGACCAGUGGGAUGAAUCGACAUACCAGGGACCGCAGGUCACUCGUGCGCAGUAUGAGCGUAUUCUAUCGUACAUUGAACGCGCACGCUCCGACGGCGCAACAAUUCUCUCCGGCGGAAGCGCGCACAAACCCGACAACCCAAAAUAUGCAAACGGCUACUUCGUGCAGCCCACAGUUAUCACAGACACAACCGACGACAUGGCUAUCUACCGCGAAGAAGUCUUUGGCCCGGUGGUUGUUGUCGUGCCAUUCUCAGAUGAGGAGGAUGCCGUGCGGCGCGCAAAUGAUACAAGCUAUGGCCUUGGAGCGUCUGUGUUCACAAAGGAUUUGGAGAGAGCACACAGGGUGGCGGGUGCUAUUGAAGCAGGUAUGGUGUGGGUGAAUAGUAGCCAGGAUUGUGAUCCGAGGAUACCGUUUGGGGGUGUUAAGCAGAGCGGUAUUGGGAGGGAGUUGGGAGAGGCGGGAUUGGAUGCUUACUCGCAGGUUAAGGCCGUUCAUGUCAAUAUGGGAAGUCGGCUGUAG